AUGCAUCAAAUCAGAGAAGACAUUAAAGAUAUCAAGUCCUGUUUGUCCGACCUCACCAAACAGUUGGAGUCUAUGAGUGUAGGAGACAACUCAUCAAGAUUGGUAGAUGAUACCGAUAGGUCAAGAAGAACGUAUGGGCAUGAGGUUGAAAAAUAUUUUGUAGGAAUGAAGGAGGAUAUUAAACAUUUAGAAUCAAUUCUGACAACUGAUGACAAAUCAAAUGGAGUGAUUUUCAUAUGUGGCAUGGGAGGAUUGGGAAAGACCACUCUUGCUACUAAAAUUUACAAUGGGGAGGCCGUGGAGCGGCGCUUCAAAUAUCGUGCUUGGGUUUGUGUAAGUCAGCAAUUUCAACCCAAAACUACUUUCCAACGACUAUUAAAGCAACUUCUUCCAAAUGAAAGUGAAGAGCGAAGAUACAUUGGUCAGAAAGUUGUACCAAAGGCAGAUAGCAAAGUUUUGCUCACAACUAGAAAUCAAAGCAUUGCUUCCAGAGGAUACGUCCACAAUCUCAAGUGUUUGGAUGAAGAUGAAGGAUGGGAGCUCCUUUAA